AAGCUGUCAGACGAGUGGAAACGUGAAGAUCCUGCUUCAGCGUCCACUAUAAGGAGCUACCAUGGCCAGCGGCGAGUCCUACACUGGUCAAAGGAUGAAUAUAUGACGUCCAAUAAAUGCAGAGGGGGAGGGGCAUCCGUCAGUCCAGGUGAACCACCUGAACGUAUUCAGAGUUCAGAGUCCAUUCUGACAGAAGAACAGAAGACGUCUGGUUCAGGACUGACUGAAGUUCACAGUAUGAGUGUGAGUGUGGAUGAAGAGGAGGACGGAGCAGAGUUAUCCCAUUCUACAAACAGGGGUUUGUUCAUAAAGGAACCUCCAGGGGGCAGUAAUGAACCAGGACCCUCUGAUCCACAAGGUCAGUAUAACAGACCCAGAGCAGAGUUUCCAGUGUCCACAUGUCUGUCCAUGAACAGUGACCGGUCCAUGGGACGUCCUCCAUACUUUAGUCCUGAACCUGGACCUUCAGACACAGAAGGUCAGUAUAACAGACCCAGAGCAGAGUCUCCAGUGUCCACAUGUCUGUCCAUGAAGACUGACUGGUCCAGGAAAAGUCCUCUAAACUUCAGUCCUGAACCUGGACCUUCAGACACAGAAGAGAUGGAGAGGACUCAUGUUCCUGAGGUGGACCCAGCGUCCUGUUCUUUGUGUCAGAAGGUCCAGAGUGAUCCGGUCUGGACCAGCUGUGGACACUGGUUGUGCAGACAGUGCAUCACUUCAUACUGGGACCAGUCUGGUUCAUCAGGAGACUCCUCCUGUCCCCAGUGUGAAGAAACAUCCAGAACAAGAGCUGAGCUGCAGAUCCACAGCUCUGUCCAAAUUGAACAUAAACUCAGUCUGAGGAGCAGAUGUGAAUGUGUGACUGAAGGAACUGAUGAAACAGGAAGUAGAACCCGUCUAAACCGGAUCUACACUGAGCUCUACAUCACAGAGGGACAGAGUGAAGACGUUCAUACCCAACAUGAGGUGAGGACGCUGGAGACAGUUUCCAAGAAGAUCAUCCAAGAAAGUCCAAUCAGGUGUCAGGACAUCUUCAAAGCCUUACCCGAGCAGCAGAAACCCAUCAGAGUGGUUCUGACCAACGGCGUGGCUGGAGUUGGAAAAACCUUCUCGGUGCUGAAGUUCACUCUGGACUGGGCCGAGGGUUUAGAAAGCCAGGACGUCAGUCUGGUGGUUCUGCUGUCCUUCAGAGAGCUGAACCUGGUCUCAGAUGAGCAGUACAGUCUGCUGACGCUGCUCCAUGUUUUCCAUCCAACAUUGCAGAAGGUCAAAGCAGAGCAGAUCAGCGUCUGCAAACUUCUGUUCAUCUGCGACGGCCUGGAUGAAAGCAGACUGUCACUGGAUUUCCACCACUGUCAGGUUGUUUCAGACGUCACUCACAAGUCAUCAGUCAACGUCCUGUUGACCAACCUCAUCAAGGGGAACCUGCUUCCAUCAGCUCUCAUCUGGAUAACAUCUAGACCUGCAGCAGCCAAUCAGAUCCCUCCUUCAUGUGUGGACAGGGUAACAGAGGUCCGAGGCUUCACCACUGAUGACCAGAAGGAGGAGUACUUCAAGAAGAGAUCCACUGAUGAAGAUCUGUCCAACAAAAUGAUCUCACACAUCAAAACAUCCAGGAGCCUCCACAUCAUGUGUCAAAUCCCAGUCUUCUGCUGGAUCAGUUCUACAGUUCUGGAGCACAUGUUGACUUCAGACCAGAGAGAAGAGCUGCCCAAGACCCUGACAGACCUGUACUCACACUUCAUCGUGGUCCAGACAAAGAGGAAGAAGAAGUACAAAAAAGGACAUAAAACAAGUCUAGAAGAGAUGACAAAGGCAGACAUGGAAGUCCUUUUGAAGUUGGGGAGGCUGGCGUUUGAACAACUGGAGAAAAGAAACAUGAUGUUCUACCAAGAAGACCUGGAUCAGUGUGGUCUGGACGUCACAGAGGCCUUGGUGUACUCAGGAGUUGGUACAGAGAUCUUCAAAAGAGAGACUGUGAUCUUCCAGAAAACACUCUACUGCUUUGUUCAUCUGAGUGUUCAGGAGUUUCUGGCUGCAGUCUACAUCUACCACUGUUACACCAGCAACAACACAGAGGUUCUGAAGAGGUUUCUGGGAGACUCACUUUUCACAAACAUUUUCAGGUGUUUCACAGUCAGUGACAGCCUGGAUGUUUUCCUCAGUAAAGUCAUGAAAAAAUCCCUUAAGAGUGAGAACGGACACCUGGAUCUGUUUGUUCGUUUCCUCCAUGGCCUCUGUCUGGAGUCCAACCACAGACUUUUAGGAGGUCUGCUGGGUCCAAAAGAGAACAGACCAGAGAGCAUCCAUAAAGUCAUCAAGAACCUGAAGCAGAUGAACACUGAGGACAUCUGUCCUGACAGAAGCAUCAACAUCUUCCACUGUCUGAUGGAGAUGAAGGACCAAACAGUCCAUCAGGAGAUCCAAGAGUUCCUGAAGUCAGAGAACAGAUCACAGAAGAAACUGUCUGAGAUCCAGUGUUCAGCUCUGGCCUACAUGAUGCAGAUGUCAGAGGAGGUUCUGGAUGAGCUGGACCUGAAGGAGUACAACACAUCAGAUGAAGGAAGACGCAGACUGAUCCCAGCUGUGAGGAACUGCAGAGAGGCCAAACUUUCUCAGUGUGGACUCUCACAGACUCACUGUGAAGUUGUGGCCUCAGCUCUGAAGUCUAAUCCUUCACAUCUGAGAUUUUUGGAUCUGAGUCACAACGACCUACAGGAUUCAGGAGUGAAACUGGCGUCUGGACUGGAGAGUCCAAACUGCAGACUGGAAACUCUGUGGUUGGAUAACUGCAGUUUGUCAGAGAUCAGCUGUUCUUCUGUGGCCUCAGCUCUGAAGUCCAAUCCAUUCCAUCUGAUAGAACUGAGUCUGAGUGAAAACAACCUCCAGGAUUCAUCAGUGAAGGAGCUGUGUGAUUUCCUGCAGAGUCCACAUUGUAAACUACAGGAUCUGGGGUUGUAUAAAUGCAGUUUGUCAGAGAUCAGCUGUUCUUCUGUGGCCUCAGCUCUGAAGUCCAAUCCAUUCCAUCUGAUAGAACUGAGUCUGAGUGAAAACAACCUCCAGGAUUCAUCAGUGAAGGAGCUGUGUGAUUUCCUGCAGAAUCCACAUUGUAAACUACAGACACUGGGGUUGUGGGGCUGCAGUUUGUCCAAAAUCAGCUGUUCUUAUCUGACAGCAGCUCUGAAGUCCAAUCCCUCACAUCUGAUAGAACUCGACUUAAGUCUGAACAACCUGAAGGAUUCAGAUGUUAAAGAACUGGAGGACCUUGUUCAGAGUCCACACUGUAAACUGAAGAAACUGGAAUGGAAAUGAUCUGUGGAACAGUCACUGUGAUCAGGACUGUGUGAGGAUCAGCUGAGUCCAGAUGAUCAACACAUGUUAAAGCAGCAGCACAUCCUCAGUUCAUUCUCCUCCUGUCAGUUCAACAUGGAGCUGCUCAGUUCUUCUCCUCAGUUCUUCUCCUCAGUUCUUCUCCUCCACUCCUCAGUUCUUCUCCUCAGUUCUUCUCCUCAGUUCUUCUCCUCAGUUCUUCUCCUCCACUCCUCAGUAAAAACACCCACACACUUCGACACCUCAGAACAUUCUGACUUUGAUUUUGUUGGAGUUUGUAUGAUUCAGGUUUUUGUCCAUAUUGGAACAAACAGCUGUUUGUUUCUGUUCAGUAUAAAUACAGGCGCCUUUUUCACUUCAACACUUUCACUUGCACAUGUAGCUUUUGAUGGCACAGCACUUUAAACAAACAUAUUUACACAUAGAAAAUAACUGAACAUGAUUGGUUUUAAAGUCGUUUAUUGAUGAUUUUAUUGUCUUUCCUUUUCAGUUUUUACAUCCGGUGGCUCUAGCAUUUUAACUGAUGACUGCUUGGCCCUGGAGAAAAAGGGAGACAUAAAUUAGAUCCAAACAGAAGUGAUGCAGUAGAAAUGUGUAAUAUUUAGGGAUGUAACGAUAUGAAAAUUUCAUAUCACGGUUAUUGUGACUAAAACUAUCACGAUUAUCAUUAUUAUUGCGGUAUUGUUGAAAUUGUGCUCAAAAUGUUCAAAAAGUA